AGGGAAAGCAGAAGAAGAAAGCCGAAAGAAAAGAAGAGCGAGCCAAUCAAGGGAGUCAUUUUAGCUGAGCCUGACGACGAGGGAGCCAGCCACCCUCUUCUCUCCGUCAAGUUCGCCGACGAGAUCCGCCACCGGAAGGGAUCUAUCUCUCAGACAAGCAGGCUUCCGACCAGAAGUGCUCAAACCCUCCGCUCCUUGAAAUCGGCUCAGAUCUGUGGCGCAGAGAUCCAGCGCCGAUCUCCCGCCUCCUCCUCCUCCUCUGCUGUUACUGUUUUCCCUCCAAAAAAUAAAUUUACUCUUUUCUCUCGAAACGGCUCUCUUUAUUCCCAUUUCAACAAAUAGAUCUCUGCUUUGACUACUCCCUUUCCAAUGCCCUAGAAUCUUGAACAUGGAGUGGAAUGUAAACAACGCUUUCAAAACCUACAAAGAAAUGGAACCAAAAGCCAUGAUGGAUAUGUCACUCCUCCCCCACUCUGAUCCCAUUGACAUCGCCUUAGGCUCUUCUUCUCCCAACUCUGCUCCCCCUAAACGCAAGAAGACUAUGACUUCCGUCUUUCUUAAAUACUUCGACACUGCACCUGACAGCAAGACUCGCAAAUGCAAACUCUGUGGUCAAAGCUAUUCCAUUGCUACUGCCACUGGUAAUCUUGGAAGGCAUCUCAAUAACCGACAUCCAGGAUAUGAUAAGGCAGCGGCUGCUGAUGUUGCUACCACCUCAGUACCACCAGUUUCUGUGAAACCCUCACCAUCCCACUCCAAACCACCCCAUCAUCAUCUCGACUAUGAUCAUUUUAACUGGUUACUUCUCAAGUGGCUCUCUCUCUCAUCCCUACCUCCCUCUACCGUCGACGAAACGUGGCUCGCAAACUCCUUCAAGUUUCUUAACCCAUCCGUCCAGUUAUGGCCUUCUGAAAAGUAUAAAGCUGUGCUCAAGGAGGUUUUCAGAAGCAUGCAGGGAGUUGUAAAGACAUCCCUUGAGAAUAUCCAGUCCAGAGUUUCGCUCACCUUAAGUUUCUGGAGUUCGUACGAGAACAUCUUUUAUAUGAGCGUGACGGGACAUUGGAUUGAUGAGAACUGGUCCUCUCGUAGUUUGCUACUCGACAUUUGCAGGAUUCCUUAUCCCUCCGGGGGGUCUGAGAUCUAUAACUCCCUUUUAAAAGUCUUUAAGAUGUAUGCCAUUGAAGAUAGGGUUCUGUGUUGUACACAUGACAACAGUGAGAACGCUAGUCACGCUUGUCAUAGUCUGAAGGAGUACUUAGAUGGUCAGAAGGUAUUGCCUUUCUGCUACAUUCCUUGCGCUGCUCAGACUCUGAAUGAUAUCAUAGAUGAAGGGUUAGCGACUAUAAAGCCUAUUAUCUCAAAGAUCAGAGAGUUUACGCAGGAGUUAAACGCGUCGUCGGAGCUAUCAGAUGAUUUCGUUCAGCUGACAACAGCUUAUCAAGAAGGCAACUGGAAACUUCCUGUUGAUGCUUCUUCUCGUUGGAGUGGCAAUUACCAAAUGGUCAACAUCUUGUGCAAGGCUGGCAAGUCCUUGGACUCGGUGAUAAGGAAAAACGAGGAUUGUCUAGAGAACAGAUUGAUGUUGACUUCUGCAGAGAAGAACGCGGUGAGUAUUGUCCACAGUUACUUGGAUUUGGAUUCGUUUCACAAAACGACUGACGAUAUGUGUACAAACAAGGAUCUCACGGUCGGUCUAGCUCUCCUCUUUAUGGAUAAUAUCUCUGAGAUGAUCACGACUUGCCAAAAGUCUUGCCACAACCCGGACUGGCUAAGAACUUGCGCUGAGAACAUGUCUCAGAAGGCUAGAAGCUACAACACCCAAGUGUGCAACGUAUUCACAUACAUUACAGCUGUCCUUGACCCGCGCAUCAAAACAGAAUACAUUCCAGAGACGCUGAACUUCGAGAGCUAUAUAGAUGAAGCAAGAGUUCAUUUCAUUCGAAACUAUGCUUCGCCUCAUUUCACAUCUUCCCUGGCCACCGGGUACCGUCCACAUCAGGAGAUAGACGAAGGAGGAGGAAACAUCUCGUUUGCAGAGGAGAUUGCUAGAAGGAAGAGAAGGGGAAGCAUGAGUAACAGCAAUGCUGUUGAUGAACUGACUCAGUACUUGUCAGAGUCUAUCGUCCCUAUGCAGACCGAUGUACUGGAUUGGUGGAAGGGGAACAGCGGAAGAUACCCGAGGCUUUCCAACAUGGCUCGGGACUUCCUUGCUGUUCAGGCGACUUCAGCUGCACCGGAAGAGAUAUUUUGCGUUAAAGGUGAGGAGAUUGAUAAGCAAAAGUAUUGCAUGCCACAUGAUAGCACACAGUCUGUGCUUUGUAUCAGGUCAUGGAUUGAAGCUGGUAUGAAACUGAAGUUCAAGUCAACUGAGAUCGACUAUGAGCGGUUAAUGGAGUUAGCUGCCACCGUGGCUGCUGAUAACUCUGACAAGAAUCAACAUAAAUGAGAUUUGUUCUUGGUGUUUGUAAUAAAAAGAUAAAUUAUGAUUUAGUUGUCUUCUUUUAGCAUAAUGGUUAUGUGUUGUAUGUAGUUUUGCUUAGUGUUGGAUGAUUUGUAGAGACCAUUUAUGUAUCAGUUCUUAGGGCGA